GCUGGGAGAUUACCCUGUGGUUAUUAGGCUGGGAAGUGGAAGGAUGGAUGGGCGUGAGAGGAGGGAAAGGGGAGGCAGUUCCCAUUCCGGCUGGUGUAGGAACUCCACAAAGAAAGAAAGGAAGACAGACAGCAACAGACAGGAAUAAAAGGAACAAAGACUGAGGUCUAGUACUGGGGCAUGAGGGGUACAAAAAGAGGGAAAGCAUGGCACAGAUAGAGCUAAUGAUAAUACAGAAUCUGUUAUUUUGGGAGGGAAAAAUAGAAGCCACUCCAUUCUCCCUCUCCCUUCCCCCCUUCUUUCGCUCCCCGUGCUGGGAGAAAAGAGACUGGAGUCUUUAGUGGCCUCAGAGAGGAGUGGGAGAGGCUGGUCUAGCAGAGACCUCUCCCUAUAGAACUGAUUUCCUUGGUGAAAGAAAGAGGAAGCGAGCUUCCCCUGCUUUUCCUUCUGCGAUUCCGAGCAUUGGCUGUUUCUUUAAUUACCCCAAUUCCCGGUCACCCUCAGUGUGUGGACUCCUCCCCCGUCUCAGAUAAGGAACGUGAGGGUUAUGUGUCCGUAAAUCUCUUGGUAACUGGGGUGGAGGCUCCAGGAAACAGCCUGGAGUAUGAGGGGUGAGGGGACUGGAUACUUCUCUUUGGUUUCCCCCUCACUCCGCUAGAAGUCAAAAGAACGAGCUGGUCUCUCGGUCAGCUUUUUUGCUUUUUAAUAUUUUUGGUCCGGUGGCAGCUGCUGCCUGGAAAAAGAGGUUCCCUAGGAGGAAGGCGGACAGAAGUCGUGUGUGUGUGUGUGUGUGUGUGUGUGUGUGUGUAGUGCAAGCUGCUCUGGAGGCGGCCUCCUAGAGCCGCUUGCUGGGGGUGUGACCUUUGCUUCUCCCGGGGGCUACGCGAGCUGAGGACCCCCGCAGCUGCGCUUCAGUACCACGCUCAGCCCUGGAGCAAGGAGGUGCCGAAUGUGAUAGACCCUAAAAGACAGGGAGUCCUGAAGUGAUGGGUGGCAGCAUGGGCAUGCUGAGACCGAGGGAGCGGAGCACCAGCCUAGGGCAGGAGGGUUGCCCCAUCUGAGGGGCUUAACCCCAGAGAAGGAGGAGAAAGAGGAGGAGCCCCGGGGUGUAGAAGCAAACCAACCACUCCCGCGCCACAAACGCUUACACCCUUCGCCCACACCGGGGCCGCGAGGAGGUGGAAAAUCUCUGAAGCGCCGGCCCGGGAUCCUUGCAGCCGGCGCUGGGGAGAGCAUUUGCAAACAAGUGUCUGUCGCUGUCUACCCAAGGCCCACCCCCGCUGGCGUUUCUUCCUCACUCGGGCAAGCGGAAGAUACUCAGCUACUCGCCACACAAUCGGUGAGCAGCCGCUGCCGAGAUCUUGUCCUCCUGCUCGUCCUAGUCCCACAGUCCCAGCUCUGCCGCGGCGGCGCUGGGUGUGGAGAAGUCCGCUUUACAAACAGCUGGGUAGAUUGGGGGCUCUUAGCUGGACUAGUGCCUGGGCUUUCAGAAGGAUCUAUUCCGACAAAAGCAACGUGGUUUUGUUUUGGAUUUUGUUCUUGUUUCCCUCCCCCACCCCCUGGAAGCUUGGGGGUGGCUCGGACUACCAUCUCUUUUCCAUCUCUUUCUCUCGGGGGAAGAGCUGCUGCCUGGAGAAUGGAUUAUAAUAAACCUGGCGAAGGGGAGAGGAGCAGCUAGUGAAGCUCUCUGCGCGCCCACAGCCGCUGCCCCUACAGUCGAGUUCAGAUCCCGCCACCCUAGACAUCCCCCAGCAGGGGUCAUCUGGAAGAGGGAUUAAAAAUCAACUACCGGUGGCAGUGAGAGGGGCACGGAGAAGGAAAGCGAGUGCACUGUGGUGUGGUGUGGACUGUGUGUGUGUAUGUGAGCGUGUAUGUUUUGUGUGUGGUAGAGGGUGUCAUUUUUUCCUUCAUUGGACUUAAUUUCAUGACCCCUCCAACACGUGAUAGAAUUGAGGAAUAAUAGUGGGUGGUGGGGAGCUCCUUCUCUGAGGAAUCUUUCUACUAUGACAGCCUUGGUCUCCAAAGGGUUAACUUGGGCUGCUUGGCAAAGUUAUCACUGGAACGGUAACCUAUUUGGGGAGUUUUAAUUUGAGCUUGUGCUGGUGGCCAAGGGGCUUUAGAGAGUGGGGUUGUUUUAGUUAAGUGGUUUGUGCUUUUUUGGGGGGCGGGGUGGGGAAUUUGAGCCCCCCAAUUGUCUACCCUCUUUGAUGACUCCUGGAGGCGGUGGGCCCAUGAAAGACUGCGAGUACAGUCAGAUCAGCACUCACAGCUCCUCUCCCAUGGAGUCACCCCAUAAGAAAAAGAAAAUCGCGGCCCGGAGGAAAUGGGAGGUUUUCCCAGGAAGAAACAAAUUCUUUUGUAAUGGGAGGAUCAUGAUGGCUCGGCAGACGGGCGUCUUCUACCUGACCCUUGUCCUCAUCUUGGUCACUAGCGGACUCUUCUUCGCAUUCGACUGUCCAUAUUUAGCUGUGAAAAUCACUCCAGCUAUCCCUGUGGUUGGCGGGAUCCUAUUCUUCUUCGUGAUGGGUACCCUGCUUCGAACGAGCUUCAGUGACCCUGGAGUACUACCCCGAGCAACACCAGAUGAAGCUGCUGACCUGGAAAGGCAAAUAGAUAUAGCGAAUGGUACCAGUUCAGGGGGGUACCGCCCACCUCCCCGAACAAGAGAAGUCAUCAUCAAUGGCCAGACGGUGAAACUGAAAUAUUGUUUCACCUGCAAGAUUUUUCGUCCUCCUCGUGCCUCUCAUUGCAGCCUUUGUGAUAACUGCGUAGAACGGUUUGAUCAUCACUGUCCCUGGGUAGGCAACUGUGUGGGGAAAAGAAACUACAGAUUUUUUUAUAUGUUUAUUUUAUCUCUGUCUUUUCUGACAGUCUUUAUAUUUGCAUUCGUUAUCACCCACGUCAUUCUUCGUUCCCAGCAAACAGGUUUUCUGAAUGCUCUCAAGGACAGUCCUGCAAGUGUGCUGGAAGCCGUGGUGUGUUUCUUUUCUGUUUGGUCUAUUGUUGGUCUAUCAGGUUUCCACACAUAUUUGAUCAGCUCCAAUCAAACUACAAAUGAAGAUAUUAAAGGAUCUUGGUCAAAUAAAAGAGGUAAAGAAAAUUAUAAUCCCUACAGCUAUGGAAACAUCAUUACAAAUUGUUGUGCUGCCCUCUGUGGGCCUAUCUCUCCAAGUCUAAUUGAUAGAAGAGGAUUUAUACAGCCGGACACACCACAGCCAGCAGCACCGACAAAUGGAAUCACCAUGUAUGGGGCCACACAGUCUCAGAGCAACAUGGCUGCAGCUACACCGUUGCUCCAGAGCGAACCAAGCCUAACCAGUGAGGAGCUCCCUUUGCCAGGAAAGACCACACUGGGCACUCCCUGUGCUACCUUGUCCCUGGGGCAACCAACACCACCCUCCUCCAUGCCCAAUCUCACAUCAGAAACUGUUUUGACAGAUAUGAUACCAUUGAAAGAGGAACAUGAUGGCCAUCAGUUCCUUACACCAGAGGAAGCCCCCUCGCCCCCUGGUAUGUUGUCAACAGGCAGUCCUAUCACACAUAGUCACACCCUGCAUGUCCUAAGCUUGGCCAGCCAAGACUCAUUGCAUGAAGACUCAGUACGUGGCCUUGUAAAGCUCAGCUCAGUCUGACCAAUAUGGACCAUUGGCACGGGGGUGGGGGGAGGCGCAGUGCACUUUUCCAAGGACUUUGCUACUCUCAAGAUCAGGUGUGGAAGCCAACAAAAGAGAUCUUCCCAACACUCCAUAUUCUAAUUCCAUCAUGGCCUCGGUGGUGAGGACACCCUGUUGUGGAUUAAAUGAACGUCUAGAAAGUAGAUGGAUCGAUUUCAGGGGGCAUUUGGGGGCAGGUCCUAAAGCUCAUAAUUUUGUCUUAUUUGACUUUCCUUCCCUUUCCCCAAUUUUUCCUCCCCUCCCACCCUUAAUAAAAACUGAGAUUGAUACCAACAGUCCCGUUUUCUGAAGCCUUGGGCAAGUGGGAAUUUCCCAGCAGCUGGAGUCACAUUUCUAAAUCUUUAUUGCAGUAGAAGAAAGAUCAUGGGAUAUAAAUGCCACACUCUGUGUUCUCCAUUGUUGUAAUACGCACUGGUUAAGGGUUUAUGAUAUUUUGUGGCCAGAUUGAAAUACAUUUAAGUGUUGUACUACUAAUAUUUGAAUCAGACAAUUUCCAUUCUGUUUAUUAAUAAAAAAAAAAUUUAAGAGAAAAAGAAGAAAAAAAAGACCAGCUGUGGAUUUACAUACCACACUGUAGUAUGUGUUACAGUUGUGUUGGUAUCGAUGAGAAGUGCUGCAGUUUUUUUCAGUUGUGACUUUCCAAGUUCAGUUUUGUUGAAGGACAGUUAUCAAACUGAAACCAAUGGACAAUGUUAUCAUUUCUCAACCAUUCAACUUUAUUAUCUAUGGAUAGGUGGUACCUAUAAUACCCUGGGUUUUAUCACAUUACUUAUCAUUUAAUCUUCUGUUAAAUAGUUAGAUUAGGUAUUGUGUUGUGCCAUGCCUGCCGGGGAUUAGUCACUCCCCACUGUGGGUGAGAUUUCCAGUGGACAUCCAAUAAAAAUGCCAUCCUCCAUUUCUCUGGAUCUACGUAAAGUUAUCCUUAUAAAGCCUAAAGGAUAAAAUCAUCAGGAGGACCAGUGAAAGGUUUGUGGUUGUUGAAAAAGACUGGCAGGGAAUAAGCCUGGAUCCACAGUGAAUCAGAUCAAUGAAUGGUAUCAUAUUGAUGGGAAGGUUUCUUUGGUAGGAAGGUGACUUCCAUCCACUUCCUAGCACCUAUCGUCUACUUAUGGCUUGUUAUUUAGGGAAUUAACUUGUAUUUGCAUUUUGUAAAGUUCAAUGCUGCUGUAGACCCAAGAUAAAGGAGUUGUUCAAACAGGA